AUGGCCAAUCUUGAUAUAUCGGGUUCAUCAUCGACUACUGGAACACCUCGUCGUCAUCCUGUAAAUGGUCGUGAAGAACGUCCAGUAAAAACUGAUUUCCUUUGUCGUGUUAAAUAUAGCAAUGCACUGCCGGAUAUACCAUUUGAUACAAAAUUUUUAGCAUGUCCAUUUGUUUCCUUAAGCAGAUUCACUGAUUACAAGUCGUCUAGUUUGGAGAAAAAUUUCAAAUUCGAAUUACUCUGUGAACCAGACUGUGGCGUUAAUAUUGAUCUCAUCAAUCCAGAAACUUAUUAUGUUGAUCCGGAUAACCCGAAAAAGCAUCAUCCCAUUGAUCUGGAACUUCUCGAAGAUGAGCAAGCAAAUCCUCAAAAUUUACGCAGAUCCUUGCAACAUAGUAAAAUGGUGCCGUGGAUGAGGAAAACGGAAUAUAUCAGUUCGGAAUUUACGAGAUUUGGUGUUUCAGCUGAAAGGCAAGAAACAAGAAUUGGCUAUAGCACGAAGAAAAAAUUCCAAACGGACGUGUUGUACAGAGAUCGAACAUCACAAAUUGCAGCAAUUAAUAAGACAUUUGAUGAUGCAUCGAAAACAGUAUUGCAGCACCCAACGAAGAAAGGUGUAACGGCUGUUGAGGAAUUACCACUGUUACCAGAUUUCGAUAACUGGAUGCAUCCCUUUGCACUUGUUGUUUUUGAUGGUGAUCCAAUACCACAAAACGAUAAAGUUGAUGCACAAACGCUAAUGCCGCAGGCACUAAUACGUGGUAUGAUGGACGAAGAAGGUGAGCAGUUCGUUACAUAUUUCCUGCCGUCUAAAGAAACCUUGGAUAAACGUUUAAAAGAUGCAGAAGAUGGUCUUGAAUUUGAUUCUGAUUAUGUCUAUGAAUAUCAGUCAGUUCGGGAUUAUAAUUGGUUGGUAAGAAAUAAAUCAACAAAAGGAUAUGAGCAAGAUAAUUUCUUAUUUACAAUUCGUGAUGGCGCCGUUUACUACAAUGAACUUGAAACCAAAGUUUCGUUAAAUCGACGGAAAACCAAACGAAUCAGGCAAGAAACAAAGUUGAUGGUACGGAAUCGUGCAUACGACGAGAAUGAGUUGAAUGCACAGCAAGAACGAUUAAAUAACCUAUUGCAUCCAUACGAUGAAAAAGAUGACGAAGGAUCUGAGCAAGGUUCAAGUGAAGGGAGUGAGCGAAGUCAUGAAGAUGAAAUAGUAGAGGAAACAAAUAAGAAAGACGAUGAUAAUGAUGGCGAUAAUGAUGAUGAUGAUGAUGAUGAAGAGGAGGAGGAAGAGGACGAAUCAGAUAAUGAGACAAAACAAGGUUUAAAAGUUAAUAAUGCAAGUAGUGGUGAAGAGGAAAAGGAGGAUGAUUUAGCAUCAGAAGAUACGAAAAGUGAUGAUAAGAAUGGUGAUGGCGACGACGAUGUGCAUGAUAGUAGUAUGCUUGGAAGCGAUGAUAAAUAUAGCAGUAAUAGUAAUAAUAAUAAUAAUAAUAAAAAUGAAGAUGUUAAUAAUGAUGAUGAAGAUGAUGAUGAUGAUGAUGAUGAUGAUGAUGAUGAUGAUGAUGAUGAUAAUGGUAAUGAGGUUUCUGGGAAAAAUGGUUCUAGUAGUGGAGAUGAUGCUGCGGAUGAUAAUGAUGAUGAUAAUGAUGAUGACGAUAAUGACGAUGAUGAUGAUGAUAAUGAUGAUGAUAAUGAUGAUGAUGACGAUGAUUAGGCUUAUUGUUAGUGUGGUGUUUAUGUCUGGCGCUAUAUUAAUUUUCGUCCUUUGUUGAAUUUGUUUGAAUAUUUAAAGAUUAAUGGUCAGAGUGAG